UGAAAGUGCGUUUCAAUCGCCGCAACCAGAGAUCUCUCAUUGAUGGGGUGAGUCAAUUCAGUAUGUUAACGUUGGUCGCGUAGCGUCUCAUUUUUCAACUCUUUCCUAUUGUCUGGAGUGAUUUAGGCAUUUGUUUGUCUUUCUAACGGAUCAAACCGCUCGCAUAACGUUUAGGAACGGUAAAUGCACGACCCGUUCACCGGAGUCCUGCUAAAGGUGAUUAAACUGGCCAGGAUCGGCUGCUAACCGUGCACGGGAAGGGUGCUCCAAAUGGUGUACCAUGUCAACGAUAGACGAACGUGUCGCCUAUUUAGAUAAUCCAUACUUCAAAGGUCACAUCUACGGUAAUUUCAAUCCGUUCUACGUAACUAUCGCGAUCUGUACCGUGCUGGCUGUGUUCAUCUUCGUGCUGAACAUCGUUUGUGGCUGCUGUUCCAAGCAUAAACACUACUGGCAGGACCGUCACACAGGAAAUCGUUGGUUAGUGUCAAUCUGGUCGGCUACACCUCACAAGCAACCACCUCUGGAUCUGACUGAAUUGAAAGACGUACGCUCCUUCCAGCCGGUUAAUCCGGAUAUCGAGCGCCCGGUUGAGUACACCGUUUCCCAUCACCGUCCUCAACACCAGGUGCCACCGCAGCAUUUCGGUCGCAGCGGCUACCCGGAGGAGUACGUGGAGUUGCACAAACGCGAGAGCGACAUUUAAAGCAGGUACAAAAUGGCCUUCAUUGUUGUCUAUCCGGCCGUGGCCAUGCUGGCUAUGUUCAUUGUAUUAGUCAUCAUUUUGAUCCUACGAUGUGGCGGGCGUCUAGGGCUACGUCACCACGCCUUGCCGGAUCGGAACGACUUGGAGGAGCAUACAUACGCCCAGAAGGUUAGUUAUGCCUGACGGAUUGUGUUCAUUGUCCGGAGCCGACGCGGUGUUUGUACGGAGAAGGACGUCAGAAAGCAACCAAAUGAAUCCAAGUGUAGCUUCCUAGUUUAUAGCCACUUUAUUCUUACUAAUUUGAACCCUCGACAGCUUUCGUACAGCUAUCACUAACAGUAAUCAGUAGCAAAGGCAUCGGUGUCAGAUCAGACAGCUAGAAGAAUCUCAAACUGAUUCACUUUUAUGAGAAUCUAUUUUGAUGCCUCUCCAAUAAGAUUUUCAAACUUUACUCUUCAAUGUUACUUUAAACCAUACAGACUCUUAUUUGCAAAAAAUUCCAUCCAGUUUUGACUAUUUUUUUCAGGUAUUACUCUACAUUUUAAUAUUUUCUUUAAAUUAAAGUAGAUAAGCAAUAUACUAUGACAUUCCGUUAACUUUAAUUAAAGCUAAAAUUGACCAUGUCGAGAACAUUCGCACAUCGUAGCGCAGCAGUAUGCAGCGCAUAAUUUCGCUGCACAACAAACAUUAAAGAUAACUUUUAUUAUAAUUAUCUCAUGUGGCAUAAAUAAACAGCCAUUCAAGCAACCCCUAAUGAACAUACAGGACGUUCCCGAAGAGGGCCAUUGUUUUGUUUGUUUACAUUCGUCAUUGCCAUUUUAAGCAACAGCAAAAAAAGCCUCUGGGAAUGAGCAAUUAAAAUUAAAUAAAGCGAAUACAAUGCAAGUAUGCAAAAAGUGGGCCUCUACCACACCAUUCCACGUCCGAUAGCAGAGUAAACGAAAUCCGAAUACAUUACCAAUCAGGUUGCCCCGAUUUGCGGGCUGUUUAAUUAGUGCAAAAAGUUAUGUUUAAUCUGCAUUUUUUGCGUGACUACGACGAUCACAUUUACACUCGUAUAUUUUGCUUUAAAUAUGAAAAAAGAACUGCGCAAAGCCGUGAACUGUUCUGAAUAAUUAACGUGUAUCUAUAGAUUUUAUA